AGAUGGUCAAACCAGGCGAGCAAAAUCCUCCUCACAGCCGGUCAAUUUGCCCGAUGAAACCUCUGACGUGCAGUGUUUCGGACGUGACAAUUGUACAACUCUUUCCAAAGAGGACGCACCAGGUCAGUGCAGGUCAACUACUUUCGCAAUGUGGUUGGGUAGAAGCCAAACUAUGUGUGGAAUCUCUUGAUAAAAAAAUAUUUAAAGACGCAGGUCAAACUGUUGUCAUCUUGGAACAAAAGGUAUUAUUUUCGGGGUCACUACCGAGAUAAGUCGUCUCCGCAGACAACCCAAACACGCGGUAGAAUGUUACACAGAUUUCCAUCGAUACGGCAAGACAAACAUUGGACCCCUUACACUCUCUUUUAGGACUUCAUGAACGAGUAGCUUCCCAACAUGAGUAAAGGAAAACGUGACCUAGUUUACGAGGGCUAUGCCUUGCCAAAACUGACCAUCAAAGAGUUGCUUGCCAGCAACGCACGGAAAAAUUCUGAGCUUAAGAACUUCCACAAACAACUGGACAAAGAGAAAGAGGAACUCGUCAGUGACUUUUCUAAGACACGAUCUCACCUGCUCUCUCGAGCUCAUGGUUUACUUUUGGAAGGGCAAACGUAUGCUUUGAGCGAAUAUCACAGUGAUUCGGAUGAAGAGCAAAGAGUCAUCGAAAAUGGCUCUACCUUUGAUGCUCCUGAUACAUCAUCCUGGGAAACGACUCUGUUUUCCGCACCGAAGAAUCUUUCGAGCUCACAAGUUGCGGACGACGCUUGUACCAGGUCAGAACGAAAUCUAAGGCACAAACAACAAUGGGCGGACAAAGUUGCACACUUUGAUCAAUCUUCGGCCGUUAAAACGGAGCCCGUUUCAUCGAAAACACUACCAAAGCGUAAGAUAAGCUGGGCAGGAAGGACUAAUGCGGUGGAUAACUGGGACGCAAGAAGCGACAUGAGUAAGGCUAGCUCCGAGGGAAAUCUUUCUUCACAGAGGGCAACCUGUGCUAUUAGCAACGCCUCUCGUCCGAGGGUACGAAGACAUACAGUCGCACGAUCCAACAGUUUCAAUCCUAAAAGCACUACGCUGACAAACGAAGCUUUACAGACCCACAGCUCCUCGACUUCAAAGCUUACGGGAAAACAGCGGCGGCAUACGGUUUGUACUAGAGGAAACUUUGACACGAAACGACUGACGCCCACCGAGGAAGAGCAAAAGUGUCCCGUUAAGAAACCCCUAUCUGAUCUCCUUCCUCCAAUAAAACUCCCUCCGAUUUACCUUCAAGAAUCGAAAGGCAAAGAGCAAGGCAAAAAAUGUGACAAGAACUUUGUAAACACACAUGUGCGGAUUGGCGUGAGUAAAUCUCUGGAUGCUAAACACUCUACAGAAGACCUUCACUAUUGCCGUUACUUACGGAUAAAAAGAAUGGACGACAAUGAAUCCGUUUGAUAACGGACGAAAGAAAAGA